CCAUCCCAGGCGUUCCUUUGCCAGGAUGACGUGACGUCAUCUUCGCGCGCCUUCGUAGUUGUCCGUCCUAAGCUUUAGACGUCAGCGUCCCGGUCACCUCUGUGCCUGUCAUGUAUCGAGCGCUGAAUCCGUGCACACGGCGGGGGUCCUCCGCCCUGCGCAGGCUGCUGAGUACUCUGGUUAUUGCGGAGCAUGACACGCAGCAAGUGACACCUAUCACCCUGAGUGCAAUCUCUGCUGCCAAGAAGCUGGGAGGGGAUGUGACCUGCCUGGUGGCCGGGACUGACUGCUCUAAGGUAGCAGAGCAGUUGGCAAAAGUCCAAGGGGUUUCCAAGCUGUUUGUUGCUCAGCAUGAGGCAUACAAGGGUUUUUUGCCAGAGGAGCUGACACCUUUGAUUUUGGAAACCCAGAAGCAGUUCAGUUUCACUCACAUCUGCGCGGGAGCAUCCGCCUUCGGAAAGAGUUUACUUCCCAGAGUAGCAGCAAAGCUUGACGUGUCCCCAGUGUCAGAUGUAAUAGACAUUAAGUCACCUGAUACAUUUGUAAGGACAAUCUAUGCCGGAAAUGCCUUGUGCACUAUAAAGUGCGAUGAAGCCGUGAAGGUGCUCACUGUCAGAGGCACGUCUUUUGAAGCAGCUCCAAGUUCUGGAGGCAGUGCAAGUGUUGUUAAUGUAACUCCUCCUGCACCGGCUGGAAAAACUGAGUGGUUAGAGCAGAGCCUGACAAAAAGUGAUCGUCCAGAAUUGACCAGUGCAAAGGUUGUUGUGUCUGGAGGUCGAGGGCUGAAGAGUGGAGAUAAUUUUAAAUUGCUGUAUGACCUGGCAGAUCAACUGCAUGCUGCUGUGGGUGCCUCUCGUGCAGCUGUAGAUGCUGGUUUUGUGCCCAAUGACAUGCAGGUUGGACAAACAGGAAAAAUUGUUGCACCAGACCUGUACAUUGCCGUUGGGAUCUCUGGAGCCAUCCAGCACUUGGCUGGAAUGAAGGACAGUAAGACCAUUGUUGCCAUAAACAAAGAUCCGGAGGCUCCAAUAUUCCAGGUGUCAGAUUAUGGCUUGGUGGCCGAUUUAUUUAAGGUGGUACCAGAAAUGACUGAACUUCUAAAGAAAAAAUAAAGAUAUUCAAUGGAACUGUUGCCAUGUAAUUAAUUGUAAAAAGUAAAUCCUACACCACAGAACACUGUAUAAGAUUCUUACAGUGUUAAUGAUAUCAUGAAUGUUACGACUGUAUUAAACUCCAAUGCUAACGUUU